GAUGGACAGGUUCCUGGUGAGGGCGGACCAGGGCGACCUCCAAGGGGGAGAGGAGGAGCCCGCCCCGGCGGAAGGAGCCUCUCGCCGCCUGCAGAGCCCCGGCUGGCGCCACCUUCGCGCCGAAGGUCUGAACUGUGAUUACACCGUCCUGUUCGGCAAAGCCGAGGCAGACGAGAUUUUCCGAGAGUUGGAGCAAGAGGUGGAGUAUUUUACCGGUGCGCUUGCCAAGGUCCAGGUGUUUGGAAAGUGGCACAGCGUUCCCAGGAAGCAGGCAACCUACGGAGACGCCGGAUUGACGUACACGUUUUCUGGUCUUACCCUGACACCAAAGCCCUGGAUUCCAGUUCUAGAGCGUGUUCGAGAUCGAGUCUGCAGGGUGACAGGACAGACCUUCAACUUUGUGCUCAUUAACAGGUACAAAGAUGGUUGUGACCACAUUGGGGAGCACAGAGAUGAUGAAAGAGAACUGGCCCCCCAGAGCCCCAUCGCAUCUGUCUCCUUUGGCGCUUGCAGAGACUUCGUCUUCCGGCACAGACUCUCCCGAGGGAAGAGAACGCGGCGGACAGUGGAGGCGGUCAGGCUGCAGCUGGCCCAUGGAAGUCUCCUGAUGAUGAACCACCCCACCAACGCCCACUGGUACCACAGUCUCCCUGUCCGCAAGAAGGUCCUGGCUCCUCGGGUUAACUUGACUUUUCGGAAAAUUUUACCUACUAGGAAAUAAAAUGUUUUUGUUUAUUACUUUGAUGUA